AUGGAACCAACGUCCAAGCGUCUACUACGAGAGGAAGAUGAGAUCGAAAAGCUCGACCACAAAGCACACCUCCGUAAGACGCACCAUCCUUUCCUUGCACACCGCCAAACUGACCCUUCACCCUCCCCAGUCCUCAGCUAUCUACCCAUCUACUCAACAACCAAAAUGCAAUUCACCACCGCUUUCCUUGCCAUCGUGACCCUCAUGGUCGGCUCUGCCGCCGCCACCGACCCCCCCGUCACCCAGACUGUUUACCCCACCCGCGGCGUGACCAUCACCGAGACUAUCUUCAAGACCAUUCCUACUCCCCAGCCCCUGCCUCAAUCUGAAUGGUGA